AUAGAGGUAAUAAAAGAAGAAUCCCUUCUAAAACGUAACGUAACAAUAGGUAACUCAAAAUUGUCAAUUGGUACUGAUAGCAGAAUAGAAAAUCUUGCUCGCACCGCAAUCUUCCUCCCGUCAGUUCGUCUUCAGCUGCUGGUGGGGUCACUUCAUAUUUCGUCAAUUGCAGGCGCCAAGCAGCAGGCUUAAAUUUGUGCGAAAAUGAAUUUUCUGUUGAUGCGGUCAAAUCAGGCAGUAUCUCCAGAACCAUCUCCCCCUCAGGAAGUUCAGGCAGAGAUCAGUUCUGUACCAAAGUUGAGUACUGGCUUGGAGGGUCUAAUUGCAGAAGAUUCAUUUCAGCAGGCCACUUAUUCUGAAGACUGCGAUGUAGAUGAUUGUGAACAUGCUAGUGCAAUUGAAGAUGCUGCUGGCAUAAGUGGAAAGGGAAACCACAUCGAGGUUUCCGAAGAUGAAGGAUGGAUAGCUAUUCCAAAGCAAGAGAUUCCUGAUAAUUGGAGUGAGGCACCUGAUAUAUCUUCUUUACGCUCACUGGACCGCUCAUUCGUUUUUCCUGGUGAACAGGUCAAUAUACUUGCAUGCUUGUCAGCGUGUAAGAAGGAUACAGAAAUCAUCACACCAUUCAAACUUGCUGCACUUAUGAAUAAAAAUGGGGUUGGUCAAAACAGCAAGAAAGGAAAUGGACACACAGCUACAGUGAUUAAUAGUCCUGUCUCUAAUGGAAGAGAACUAAAAAAUGAUGGUGAAUAUAUGAAUCAAAAUUCCAUCUCAGAGCAGGAAAAACAUGAUCCUAAAAAUGAAGUGUCUUCUGGUGAAUCUCUUUUGAGACUAGAGGAGCAUAAAAGACAGACAGAAUCCUUGCUGCUAACAAUGAAAAAUUCCCACUUCUUUGCUCGAAUCGCUGAGUCAGAUGAAAAGUUAUGG